AUGGACCUUUUAGUUAUAUGUGUAGGAAAUUCAGAUACUUUUUUCCCUUUAGAAAUGCAAGUAAAAUUUGUCUCAUCAGAUUAAUUAAAAUUAAAUAUGGUUUUCUUAUUUACUUUUGGUUCGGAAAGUAAUUUUUUAUCAAAUUUAGGUUUCGGAAAAGGCUUGUUAAGAAAUUUAUAAUAAAAUUAAAGUUUUUAAAUACCUCAAUCAUUUAAUUUACAAUAAAUACUUCCUAAAAAAAAUAGAUUUUUUAUUUAUUAAGGAUCUGAUACAGUUUCUCCUUGUGAACCUACUAUAUGGUUAAUAUCUUAUGAUACACUCAAAUUAAACUAAUAUUAAUUAGAUGAUUUUCCUUAAGUUCUUUCUUAUUAAGGAAGAGCUAUUUAAGUCUAAAAAUAAGAAAUAUAUAUUAAUUUUGAUAUUCGCAAAUAGAAUGAUGAAAAAUAAGAAGAUGAAACUUAAUUAAUGAUAAAUAAUUAAGAUGUUUUAGCUGAUAGUAAAAUUAAUAAAAUCAAAGAUAGUAUUAUUUUGCUUGGUGAUGAUACAAUUUAUGAUCCUUUUAUAUUUGGUCAUUCUUAAAUUCCUUCAGCUAAAUUAAUUAAGGAUUCUGAUUAUAUUGUUUUAUAAAAAGAAUAACCAGAAGAAAAUGAAUAAUAAGAAGAUAUUGAAGAAUAAGAUUAAAAUGAAGAAAAAAAUAAUAAAGAUAAAAAUCUAUUUGUAGUAAAAAAACAAAAAAAUAUAUAAUAAGAAAAAAAACCAGAUAAUAAAAAGAAUGAAAAAGGAAAUUAAAAUAAAAAAACCUAAAAUAAAGAAAAAACUUAAAAUAAUAAAUAAAAAAAUAAAGUGAGUUUAUAAAAAAAUAAAGAUGAAAACAAUGAAUAAACAGAGGAAUCUUCCAAUAUAUCAUUCAUUUCUAAAAAAAACGAAAAUAACAAUAAUUCUUAUUCAACUUAAAAUAAUAAAGAAGAAAAAAAUUCAUCUAAUAAAGAAAGCAAAAGGGAUAAAAUUCCAAUUUUGAAAACAGAUAAAUGGCCUGAAUUAUGUAAAAUAGGUAAAAUGUAAAGUCCAAUAAAUAUUAAUACUUAACUCUAUUUAAUAAAAGAAGUUACUAAUAAUGAAAUAUAAAUAUAAUAUAGUUAAUUAAAUAAAAGUCCUAUGUUAGUAAAUGAUGGAAUAAAAAUUACAGUAGUGGGUUAAUUUGGAUAGUUAAAAUAUUAAAAUGAAAUUUAUUUCGCUUAAUAUGUACAUAUUCAUCAUCCAUCAGAACAUACAUUUGAGGAUGAUAACAUAAGAGCAAAUAUUGAAAUAUAAAUUGAGCAUUAAAAUAAUAAUGGAAAAAAAUUAAUAGUUAGUUUAUUUGGAAACGCUAAAGUAGGAAAUAAAAACGAGUUUUUAUAAAAUAUAGGAAUAUAUGCACAUAAAGAAAAUUAAUUGUAAGAAAUUGAAAAAUAUAUAAAAUUAGAAAAUUUAGUAUUAAGUUUAGAUUAACUUGUUAAUAAAUUAGAUAAUUAUUAUAAAUAUGAAGGCUCUCUUACAUAUCCUCCAUGUACUGAAGGCGUUAUUUGGAUCUUAAGUAGAGAUUAUAUAAAUAUUAACUAAGAUUAAAUUGACAAUUUUAUCACUAUAAUUGGUAUGUAAAAUAAUAUCAGAGGUACUCAUGAUUUAAAUGGUAGAUAAAUAUUUAUUAAUUGA